AUGCCUCGGCAUCACCGGUCUGGCGGGGGCGCCUUGGCCAAGGGCCAUGUGCCCCCUGUGCCGGAAAAUCUGUCCCUGAUUAGGACCUUUAACUCGGAGAGUAAUCCGGCGCGCCCAAUACGGCCAUCGCCCUUAACCGCUUCUCAAAUUCAGGGCAUUCCUCUUGAUCUCCUCGAUCGUAUUCGCUCAUUUCCGCUCUUCCUGUCGGCCCCAGAUUCUUUUCUCAUCGCAAUCGGAUCACACUUGAGGCCUCAAGUUCAGUCGGCCCACGAUAAUGUUGUGACAGAGGGGGAUGAAGCUCGAGCCAUGUACUGGCUGGUGCGUGGUGCAGUCGCUGUUACGUCGCGCGAUGGUGAGAGCACUUAUGCCGAGCUUCGACCGGGCGCCUUCUUCGGGGAGAUUGGGGUUCUGAUGGACAUACCUCGCACAGCCACCAUUGUGGCUCGUACGCGAUGUCUGCUUGUGGUCUUGAAGAAGGAAGAUUUGAUGAAGGAGUUGCCUAAAUUCCCAGAGGUUGAGCGUGCUAUUCGCGAGGAAGCGCAGGAGCGACUGACGAUUCUGGAUCGGAAAAAGAAAACAAAGGAGCCUGCUCCUUCCAUGCAAGGUACUGCGCCGGCCUCUCCGAAGCCGAAUGGUAAGCGUACACGCGAUGGUAUGCUCGGUGAAGUCGUCAUGGGGGACGAAGGAACAGUCAAAGCGGGUGAAAUUGUUGUUCACAAGAGGCGGAAGUCACCAAGCCCCAGUCUCGCAGAAACUGCAGCCUCAAGCGCCUUGGGAAGCAGCAUGGUGAACGUUCGGCAGCUAUUGAAAGAGCUCCCUCUGUUUACAAGCUUGCCGCCUGAAAUUCUUCACUUUCUGGGAUUAAAUGCCCAGCCGCAAACAUAUCCCCCAUUUACUGACAUUAUCCGGCAAGACACGCUUGGGAGGGAGGUCUUUUUCAUUGUUAGGGGGGAGGUUGAGGUUGUGGAUGAGAAGAAUGGUUUCGGUGCUACGAACGGAAGGGAGAGCAUGGAACGGAGGGUUCAUGUGCGAGCCCGACUCAAACCAGGCCAUUAUUUUGGAGAAGUGACAAGCUUGUCCCUUGCCCCACGAAGGACAGCUACGGUCCGCUCCAUCACUUCUGUUGAGUGCUUGAUGAUUGGCGGUUCCGUGCUCGAUGAGUUAUGGGAGCGUUGCUCCCCGGACAUUCGACAGCAAGUGGAAAACACGGCAAAGCAGAGACUGGAGGCCGCCAAUGAUGAGGACAUUAUUAUGCCAGAUGCCCCCGAAAGUACUCCUCCCGCUAUUGACGAACUUGCCAUUGCGGAUCGCCGGCCACAGACGCCAGGCAAGCAGCAACCUCCGAAGGUAAAUUUGCAGAAACCUGCCGCAGAUGGCCACCCCGCCUCUGGAAAGACCGAGGAACCCUUCGACCCCGACCCAUUUCUUAACCAUGAUCUGGAUAACAUCCGCUUCCGGUCUCGGCGAGGCUCAUUGGCGCCUCCAGUGCCAGAAGCUGGGGCAGGAGAUAGGAGAGAUGUCGGCCCCUCCACUCCAAGUCGCAAAUCGCUGUCUCCUUCACCUUCUCUGAACAAACAUGCAAUCACACCGCCAGAAUCUAAAGCGACACCCAAGCGACCUAAGUUAGUCCCGCGAGUGGCAAGCCAUAGAAGUCAAGGCAUCCUUCCAGAUGCGGUUCUCAUUAAGAUAUUCCAGCAUUUGGAUGUCUAUCAGCUCAUGCGCAUUCGUAGUGUCUCCAUUCACUGGUCUAAAAUAAUUUCUACUUCACCAGAUUUGCUUCAUCUCCUUGAUCUAACACCUUAUAAUCGCAAGGUCACUGACGACGCUCUCAUAAACUAUAUCUGCCCUUUCGUUGGCUCGCGCCCUCGCGUUAUCAACGUGAACAAUUGCUUCCACAUCACUGAUGAAGGGUUUAGCGCUCUAGCCGUCGCAUGCGGAGCCAAUGUGCGCUGCUGGCGGAUGAAGAGCGUGUGGGACAUUACAGCCCAUGCAGUUCUUGAGAUGGCCAACAGUGCCAAGAGCUUGGAAGAAAUUGAUCUAAGCAAUUGCCGCAAAGUGAGCGACAAUUUACUUGCAAGGGUGGUAGGAUGGAUAGUACCUGAAAGCAGUGCGAGCCGAUUACACAAGUCUCAUGAUACUGCCCGUGGUCAGGGCCCAGGAACUGUCAUCGGCUGCCCCAAGCUGAGGCGGUUAACGCUGUCUUACUGCAAGCAUGUCACAGAUCGAUCGAUGGCGCAUUUUGCAAUCCAUGCCGCGUCGCGUUUGGAGCAGCUUGACCUUACGCGUUGUACGACUAUAACCGAUCAAGGAUUCCAGCACUGGAGCAUGUACCAUUUUUCGAAACUCCGUAAGCUCUGCCUGGCAGACUGUACAUAUUUGACGGAUAAUGCCAUUGUCUACUUGACAAACGCAGCAAAGGAACUUCGGGAACUUGAUCUGUCUUUUUGCUGCGCGCUGUCUGAUACUGCAACAGAAGUGCUGGCUCUAGGAUGCCCCCAGCUGACACACUUAAAACUGUCUUUUUGCGGAAGUGCUGUUUCAGAUGGAUCGCUUAGGAGUAUUGGUCUCCAUCUCCUAGAACUCCAGUCUUUGUCUGUUCGAGGAUGUGUCCGGGUCACCGGCGUUGGUGUCGAGGCUGUUGUCGAUGGAUGCCACAAGCUCAGAGCAUUUGACGUUUCACAGUGCAAGAACCUGCUAGGGUGGCUGAAUAGCGGCGGGGUUCAGCGAAUCGGGAAGCGGGUGAAGUUCGAGACUGUGGCUGGCCAUGAACUCGCAAAAUUGUGA